AAUACGUCCGGAUCAUCGACGUCAUCAUGUCGCCGAGAUGGGAGCACGCGACAUUGCAAGCGAUAUCGAGGACGUGAGCGACGGUAUGCUACGAUAGCCGGCGACCAUGGCAGCGAUCACCAUGACCAGCACCCUCCUUCCCAGCAUUCUGAGCAGGCAUGGCCGACUCCACUCAACGGCCAACAACAUCCGACUCCGUACCAGAUCUUUGCGAUGAGAAGCACCGGCGAGUAUAGCAAGGCCCGCUUCUAUGAGAUGGUGAAGGUCUACCACCCAGACCUCAGCAACGGCUCCUGCAACGUGGCCCACCACAUAAAGAUGGAGCGCUACCGUCUCAUCGUUGCCGCCCACACCAUCCUGUCGGAUCCGGUGAAGCGAAGCGCAUACGACCGCUUCGGGGCUGGAUGGAACGGCAAAGCUGAAGUCACAGAAGCCGGUGGGGGUGCGCACCCGGGUCCCGGACCUUUCACACACAGCUGGGGCGACCACAGUGAUCCCAUCUGGGCGAAUGCGACAUGGGAAGACUGGGAGCGGUUCUACGCACGACGAGCACAAGAACAGGGUGGCGCUGAACCAGACCCGAAGACGAGGGUUCCGCAAGCUCCAGUGUACAUGCAGAACUCAUUCUUCCUCGCGCUCGUGGUUAUGCUAGCAAUUGCCGGAAGCUCCGCGAACUAUGGCCGCGCGCAGGAUGCGGGGACGUAUUUUGUUGAGCAGCGUGAUUUGAUGCAUGACCGCGCAGCGAAGGAAUUAAGAAAGGUACGGCAGGAGCUCGGUGGGGUUAAAGGGCGGCAAGAGCGGAUUGAUUGGUUUGUGCGGCAACGAGAGGCAACGCUGGGAACCAUGGUGGAUGCAGACGUUGAAGCCCUGAGGGAGGAGAAGGCCAACCGGAUUCUGCCGGACCGUGAAGUGUGUCAGAGCGAAGGCAUCAGCGAG